UGGGAGGCUGGGGCCGGUUGAAAAGCUGCGGGAGUCGGGAGCGGCUCUCGGGGGGUGAGUAGGCGCGCUCGGAGCCUCUUUGACGUUCGAGAGGCGUCUCAGAGGCCCGAGUGCGGCCCCGGGGGGCGGAGGGGCUGGGUGGGUUGAGGAGAAUUCGGCGGCCGGCCAGCUUCCCCCCCACGCCCGUCGACCUUGUGGGCGGAAGCUUCCCGGAGCUCGUCACUGCGGCCGCGGUCGCUCUCCACAAAGGCGCCGAAGAGCCCGAAAGGCCUGUUAGGCGGAGUUUUCAGAUCCCCAGGAAGAGCAGAGAAAAGAAAGCACUUUUCCAGUCAUUAACUCCAGGCUCUAGAGAAUUCGAAGAUGUUUUAAAUAUUCUCCAUUCAUCUUACCUUGAGCCAUCCUCAGUAACAAAUUUUAACUAUAGAAGAGCUUGCUUGAUACAUAAUGAGCUUUUGGAAAAAGAGUUUACAGAAAAAAGAAGAGAACUGAAGUUUGAUGGUCGUUUGGAUAAGGAACUUUCAGAAUCUUACGCAUUUCUCAUGGUUGAUCGAUACCAGGUUCAAAGCAUAUGUGAAAAAGGAUUGCAGGUGGGCCAGUCCAAAAUAACUAUUCUUGGCAGCCCUUCCAUGGGUAUCUAUCUGUGUAGAUAUGCAGAUCUCUUACAGUCUAAUCCUUUGGAAGCCGGGGCAGUGGGCGACGUUGUUAUUUUUAAAAUAAUGAAGGGUAAAAUAAAGAGUAUUUAUGAUCCUCUGAGUGUAAAAAGCUUGGAACCUAUGUUAAAUAAAAAUGCUUUGGAUCCUACACCAAAGCAUGAAUGUCAUGUGUCUAAAAAUGCCAGUAGAAUUACAUCCCUUUUGGCAUACAGAGCCUAUGAGCUUACUCAGUAUUACUUUUAUGAGUAUGGCUUCGAUGAACUAAGACGGAGACCAAGACAUGUUUGUCCAUAUGCAGUUGUGUCUUUUAUUUACAAAGAUGAAAUUCAAACUCCAAAGUUUAUGUCUUCACUGAGAUCUAACAGCUUUAAUGCAGAUAGAAACAUAGAAAAAUGUAACUACACCUUGUGGAAAGGACAACUUUUAAAUAAAGGAAAGCUUCUGUGUUAUAUUUCUUUGAGGUCGGCCACUCGUGCCUUUUUGCCUGUCAAGCUUCCUGAGAAGUUAGAUGUUGAAACAGUUAUGAGUAUUGAUUAUUUGAAACAGAAAAUUCCUCCUGCAUUGUUUUAUAAAGACACAUACGUGGGUCCUAAUGAAGUUUUAAAGAAUGGGAUGUAUUGUAGCCUUUAUGAAGUUGUAGAAAAGACAAGAAUUGGAAGUAACAUGGAGUGUUUACUGCAAAAACUGGAAAAAGAAAAACUAGUUCUUGUUAAACCUUUAGGAGACCGUGGAUACCUUUUUCUUCUUUCUCCUUACCAGAUGACUUCUCCAUAUGAACAUCAGACUGUCAAGUCUCGAAUCCUACAUGCUUUGUUUCUGUUUCAAGAACCUAGAUGCCUAAUUAUCACACAAAAAGGUGUAACGAAUCCAUUACCACAGGAGAAACAUGAGAACAUAUCAGAUAUAUUAAAAAUAACUCAGUUUUUACAGUUUGCUUUGAUUCAAUGUCGAAAAGAAUUCAAAGAUAUAAACACUAUUAAUUUUCAUUCUGUUGUUGAAAAGUACGUAAGUGAAUUUUUUAAGCGAGGUUUUGGUUCAGGUAAGCGAGAAUUUUUCAUGUUUUCAUAUGAUUCACGAUUAGAUGAUAAAAAGUUCCUCUACUCAGCACCAAGAAAUAAAUCUCAUAUCGAUGACUGCUUACAUACCUACAUUUUUCAGCCAGAAAUGUAUCAGUUACCUAUUUUUAAAUUAAAAGAGUUAUUUGAAGAAAAUCUAAAACGGCAACAAUUUAGUCCACUUUCAGAUUAUGAAGGCCAAGAAGAAGAAAUUAAUGGUUCAAAAAUGAAAUUUGGAAAACGAAAUAGCUCAAGGGGUGAAACUACUGAACCUUCACAGCAGAAGUCAUCUCAUUCUUUAGAUUAUGAUAAGGAUAGAGUCAAAGAAUUGAUUAAUUUAAUUCAGUGUACGAAAAAAAAUGUGGGUGGGGACCCAGAUACUGAAGAUACUAGAAGCAAAAAUGUCUUAAAGAGGAAGCUUGAGGAUCUACCUGAAAAUAUGAGAAAGUUCGCCAAGACCAGCAGUUCAUCUGAUAAUUACCAUCUAUAUGAAGAGUCUCCACAGUCUAUUGGCUUACUUGGACAUGAACCUAACUUGAGACUGCAGCAGGAAGAGGCAUGUAACAUUGGAGACAUCCACAAGCUUUAUAAUUGGUUGUCAGAAACACUAGCAAAUGCUCGGCACUCAGAUGCGUUUCUGACAGAUACAGUCAACAAGGCCUUAGGAUUGAGUAGCAGUGGUACCUGUGAAGCGCUAAGACAAAAAUGUGAAUAUGAGUUGAAUCCUGCUUUGGAUAAGAAAGACUGUGAGCAGCCUGCUUGUACAAAAAUUGAAAAUGUUCAUUUUAAGGGUGCUCAGAGCCCACUGCUAGAAGUUGAUGCAGCUUCUGUAAAGUACCCUACUCUUUCUACAAAUGAGGAUCCAAACUUAAUUAAUGUCAAUAAUUUUGAAGAGUGCAGUCUGUGUCCCACUGUUUCCAUUGAGCACGGAUUCCUUAGACAACAUUCUAAGUCAAAUGAUGAAGAAGAGACAGAAAUACAUUGGAAAUUGAUUCCAAUUACAGGAGGGAAUGUAAGAAGCCCAGAAGACCAGCAUGGGAAACAUGGUGAGAAACAAACACCAGGAAUGAAAUCACCAGGAGAACAACUGGUGUGUCUACCACCACUGGAGGCCUUUCCUAACGACCCUCGGGUAAUAAAUAGAGAAAGAAGUUCUGAUUACCAGUUUCCAUCCUCUCCGUUUACAGACACUGUAAAGGGCACCACUGAGGAGGAGGACCUGUUGACAGGUCCAGUGAUGACAGUGGAAGAGCAGUGUGUGCCAGCAGCAGAGCCUCCUACAGUGACUAGCGAAACUACAGAGAAUACAGUGUUAGGAGAGUUCCAUUUCUUUUCUAGAAAGAUAGAAGAGAUUUUGAAGCAAAAGAAUGUUUCGUAUGUUAGUACAAUUUCCACACCUAUCUUUUCAGCACAAGAGAAGAUGAAUCGCCUUUCUGAGUUCAUAUACUCUAAGACUUCAAAAGCUGGUAUACAGGAAUUUGUAGAUGGUUUGCACGAAAAACUAAAUACUAUUAUUAUUAAAGCAUCAGCUAAGGGUGGGAAUUUGCCACCAGUAAACCCUAAUCAUUCUCAUACAACCACAUUGAAUCCUCUGGGAAGGCAUGUUGUAUCAAUUUCUUCAAGUGAUUUCAACAGUAAAGACCUUUUUGAGCCACUGUGUCCUGAACCUUUAAAAGAUAACAGUUCUAAUGAGCAGUAUUCCUCUUCAGUUGUAAUAGAAAUGAAUCAGCCACACCUCUGCAAGGAGUUAAUGUUGACUUCUGAUCACACUGUACCUAGUGAUACUGCCCUGGAGUCAGUAGAAAAAGAAAUAUCAAAAUCACCCAACGAUAUAAACAUUUCUGCACAACCAGCUCUUUCAAAUUUUAUAAGCCAGUUGGAACCUGAAGUAUUUAAUAGUUUGGUUAAAAUAAUGAAAGAUGUCCAGAAAAAUACUGUGAAAUUUUACAUUCAUGAAGAAGAGGAAAGUGUGCUUUGCAAAGAAAUAAAGGAGUAUCUUAUCAAGUUAGGCAAUACAGAAUGUCAUCCAGAUCAGUUUUUGGAAAGAAGAUCGACCUUAGAUAAACUAUUGAUUAUUAUUCAAAAUGAAGACAUUGCAGAUUUCAUUCACAAGGUACCUGGCUUGGUGACUUUAAAGAAGCUCCCAUGUGUUAGCUUUGCCGGUGUUGAUAGCCUGGAUGAUGUUAAAAAUCAUACAUACAAUGAGUUAUUUGUGUCUGGUGGCGUUAUUGUGUCUGAUGAAUCAAUUCUAAAUCCAGAGGUUGUCACAAUUGAGAGCCUUAAAAUUUUUUUGGCAUUCCUUGAAGAACUUAGUACUCCAGAAGGAAAAUGGCAAUGGAAAAUCCACUGUAAAUUCCAGAAGAAACUGAAGGAACUGGGCAGAUUGAAUACUAAAGCUCUGAGUCUGCUGUCUCUUCUAAAUGUAUAUCAGAAGAAACAUCUGGUUGAGAUUUUGUCAUACCACAACUGUGAUUCACAAACUCGAAAUGCUCCAGAAAUGGACUGCCUUAUUAGGCUUCAGGCUCAGAAUAUACAGCAGCGACACAUAGUCUUUCUAACAGAGAAGACUAUCAAGAUGGUUUCCAGUUAUACAGAUAAUGGAAUUGUAGUUGCAACAGCUGAAGACUUUAUGCACAACUUUAAAAGUCUUGUGGGAUAUCACAACUCAGUCACAGAAGAAAAUCUUCCGCUGCUUGGUGCUAAUGAGACUCUUGAGUCACAGUCAGAUGCUGUUUUGACAUUAACCCCUUUGGAGCUGGGAGUUGGGAUUUCCCAACAUUAAACGUGAACACAUUUCGCAGAAGCUUUUAGCAUCGGAUUAUCCAGACACUCAUACCUAGUGUGAGUGUUGUGACUAAGUGAACUUGUGGCAGAAGACCAAGCUUUAAGGGAUUGUGGACUUUGCAGAUCCUGACGCACUAUGUUGUGUGAGUAGUGUAUAAUCUUACAAACUAAACAAAUUGUGUAUUUCAAUAGAGGAGGG